AUGGCCCUCUAUGGAACGUCCGACGCGUUGAUGUGUCGUGCAUUCCCAACUACCUUUAGGGGUCCAGCGCGCGCGUGGUUUAGCCGGCUGCGCCAAUCCUCAAUUUCCUCCUUCGACCAGUUUGCCAGGGAGUUCGAGCAAAAUUUCCUUGCCAGCACGCGACCUCGGCCCUCUAUGGCCACCCUGCUCGCACUAUCGCAGCACAAGGAGGAGACGCUCUCCCAGUUUGUGACACGCUUCGCCAUGGAAAUCCGGGGGUAUCCGGACGCUCACCCUUCUUUGAUCAUGCAGACAUUCCUAAUGGGGCUGAAGCCCUCGAGGUUCUUCUGGUCGCUAAUUGAGAAGCCGCCGGCCACCAUCCCCGAGAUGCUCCAGCGAGCCAGCCAGUAUGUCGCCGACGAAGCACUAGUGGAAGGAAGACGCGCGGACAGGAAGAAGCCGCGGAUCGAGCAACCCCGAGCUAUUACCUCGACUGCCGCGACACAACCCCGCCGGAGGCCCGACCAUCCUGAGCCGCGGCUCCCAAGGCCUCCGCCCCUCCCGCUGAAUGCACCCCGUACCGAAAUCUUCCUCCAGAUCAAAGAGAAGGAUCUUUUGCGACCACCCAACCCCGUAAAACCUACCCACAAAGAUCGAUCGAAAUAUUGUAGGUUCCACCGAGACUAUGGCCACGACACGGAGGACUGCCGCGAUCUGCAGAACUAG